CUCCCACUUAUGUUUUUCCUCCCGCUAUCUUCCGCGCAAGGAUGACAGCAGCAUCCUUAGGCCUACUAUCAUCUGUUAGGAACACCUGGAUAAAACUAUAAAGAUGAACGUUUAGGAACUGAAGAUGGCUGGAUGACGUCCCAGUCUCUUCUUCCUGGCUCGAUGGGAUCAGAAAUUUGCGGCUCCUUCGCGCACUGACAUUGUUAUUGUUGAGCCAGUUGUAACUGCAGCGCCUGCUGGGCAGCAGUGAGCUGGGUGGAGGGUAAAAUGAUCCAAGGCUCAAACAUUUUGGGCUAUGAGAGGCCCCUGGUCAUCAGGAUAUCAUUCACCACUUGUAUUGUUGUUACUGUGUGCCUGCCACUGUUAGGACUCAUCACUUGCGUCUCGAUAUCCUCUCUCUUUCACUUUGAAGAUGCUACUGGUACACAUUGCCAGGUGCCCAACUACCUGCCAUCCAUCAGUGCCUCUAUCAGCCUCAGUCCUGAGUGCCACAUAUGGCGGUUCUGCAUCGGACUGCACUCUGCUCCGAGGCUUCUGGUGGCCUUUACCUACUUCAGGUUCUACAAGUCCCGCUUUGCUGCCAGGUCCUCCGAGAGCGCACUCAGCUGCUUGAACUUGACCUUUUCCAUUUUUGAGAACCUGGGCCUGCUGCUUCUUACAUAUGUGUCAUCUAAUGAGACAUACUUUGUGCAUAAGGAAGGUUUCGUCCUCUUCAUUGUGAGUUCGCUUAUCUACAUGCUGAUAACCUGCCGUUUGUGGAGAUCAAUUAAAAAGUAUUCAUUGAGUCCCGAGGAUGCCAAGUCUCAUCACUGGAAGGUUCGCUUCUUACUCCUCAAUGUUUGCUUCUGUGCUUUUGCUGGAUUCUUCUACUGGAAACACAACAUGUACUGUGAAUCAGGAAGUUACACCUUUUUUGCGCUGUUUGAGUACCUUGUCGUCUUCUCCAAUAUGGCCUUCCAUCUGACAGCAGUGUGGGAUUUCAAGAGUCGGGAGGUUGUGGUCAUUUCCUCCUUUGAGGAUAAAGACUUCUGACUAGAACCUAAAGAUGAGCAUGAUAAAUGUGCCGGCACUAACCCACAUGAUGAAGACAGCAGCGAUCCAGUUGAAGAAGAUUGGGAUGGGCUUUUCCACAUUUUUUCAUAAGGACUAUUCUUAAGAGCUUAAAGUGUGUUAAUGUCAGUCAAGUGCAAACAGAUACACACAUAUAUACAUGAUGGAUGGAGAGACAGCUUUUGUUCAAAUGUUUCUUAUGGUUGCCUUCAAUUUCACACAUUAUUUUAGGUGAUGUGAAAUUUUACUUUGGCAUCAAGCACAGCAAGUACAGCAAGUACUGUAUGUCUGCCAAAGUACAGUAGAUGUGUUUUAGUAAUCUGAAUACAUCCCGAGAAGUAAUUGCUUCAAACACAGAUUUUAUAUCUUUCACCAAAUAUAUUAUUCAUAUUGUUGUUGAGACCUGGAAUAGGUGUUCCAGUUGUGUUUUAUAAUAAGCAUUUACACCCAAAAUAAUAUUAGUUUCUCUGCUCAAAAAUAAACUUACUUUCAUUGAUCGCCAAUUAAAUGGCACAUACCUCCAGAUUGCCAUAGAUGACAAAAGUCAGAUGUUAUCUGUCAUUUGAACCUUUUACGUUACGUUUUGUCAAUAAAGUAUUCGCUACGGAGGAGCACCUUUCUCUGUGGAAUGCAACACUAACAGUGAUGCUUGUUUAAAAUAACAGUACAUGUAUUGCAUAUUACAUUAUGCUGCGUCAAAUGUGCCACACUCACCCCCUUAACAAUCUGCUUAUUCUUAUAAGAAACUCUUUUUAAAGAGAUCUAAAAAAAAUUAUGUUUCAAUAUUUUCCAGAGUUUAUUCAUUUAUAUUUAGAAUAAAAAAACUACAGUGGUUUUGUCGGACUCCAUGAAUUAAACAAGAUCCCAUAUAUUAAAAUGUUUAA